UCGUUUUAACGGGUGAGCCCUAUCCGGUCCCAUAGUCUCGUGUCCGCCGUGUUUAUUGUUCGGAGUGGGGGAAAAAUGAAGAAGUUCAACAUCAGGAAGGUGCUGGACGGUUUGAAAGAAGUGUCUUCCUCCGCCCCGUCCGUCCAAGUGGGGCCACAGGAGAACAACCUCGUCCACGAGACCCUCCAGUCCGAGCAUUUCCAGCUCUGCAAGACUGUCCGUCAUGGCUUCCCCUAUCAGCCGUCAUCCAUGGCCUUCGACCCGGUGCAGAAGAUCCUGGCCGUUGGGACCCAGAGCGGGGCUCUCAGAUUGUAUCCUUUCCCUUUGAUCUGCUGUUGGCAGAUAGCAUGGCUGCCGUCCAGCCGGCUCAGCGGGCCUCACUGCUCCACUGGAAAGGGCCGGCGCAUGGCGCUCUACGCGGACCACGCUGCAGCCAGCGCUAUGUACGACUCGCCUGGAUCAGUGUGGUCCACCGCAGGCCUGCACAUGCCGCAAUCGUCCAAGGCCCACCCGGGACCGGUGGUGCACAUCAGCGACAACCCAAUGGACGAGGGAAAGCUCGUAAUUGGAUAUGAGUCGGGGAUCUUGGUCAUGUGGGAUCUGAAAUCAAAGAAGGCCGACUACCGCUACACCUACGACGAGGCGAUCCACUCGGUUGCCUGGCACCACGAGGGCAAGCAGUUCAUCUGCAGUCACUCAGACGGAACUCUGACCAUAUGGAACGUCCGGGGUCAGGGGAAGCCCAUCCAGACCAUCACACCGCACGGGAAACAGCCUAAGGACGGGAAGAAGCCAGAGCCCUGUAAGCCCAUCCUCAAAGUGGAGUACAAGACCACCAGAGCUGGGGAGCCCUUCAUGAUCCUGUCCGGGGGUCUGUCCUACGACACGGUGGGCCGGCGGCCCUGUCUCACCGUGAUGCACGGGAAGAGCACCGCCGUGCUGGAGAUGGACUACCCCAUCGUCGACUUCCUCACACUCUGUGAGACCCCCUACCCCAAUGAUUUUCAGGACCCCUACGCCGUAGUCGUGCUUCUGGAAAAGGAUUUAGUGGUGAUCGACCUUGCACAAAAUGGUUACCCGAUCUUUGAGAACCCCUACCCCCUGACCAUCCACGAGUCCCCCGUCACCUGCUGUGAAUACUUUGCCGACUGCCCCGUGGAUCUCAUUCCUGCACUUUAUUCAGUCGGCUCGCGGCAGAAACGACAGGGCUACAGCAAAAAGGAGUGGCCUAUUAGUGGUGGAAACUGGGGUCAGGGCACACAGAGCUACCCAGAGAUCAUCAUCACGGGGCAUGCCGACGGAACAGUGAAGUUCUGGGAUGCUUCUGCAAUAAUGCUCCAGGUGCUGUACAAGCUGAAGACGGCCAAGGUGUUCGAGAGGAGCCGGUCCAAGGAGGACAAGGGCAGCAUGGAGUCGGACGAGGACCCCUACGCCCUCCAGAUCCUGGCCUGGUGUCCUGAGAGCCGGGUGCUGUGCAUGUCGGGCGUGUCCGCCACCGUGCUCAUCUACCGCUUCAGCAAGCUGGAGGUCACCACGGAGACGGUGCAGCUACUGGAGGUGCGCAUGCAGUACGACGUGAACGACAUGGACUCCCCAGAGAUGGGGGGCGGGGACCAGACGCCGGCCCUGGCCACCCCGGGGGCCUCCCCCCAGACCAGCGGACCCCCGUCACACCCCUCCACCAGCAGCAACAACUCUGACGGAGGCAACAUGCCCUGCCUUAAGGUGCGCAGUGCUCCUCUGAAGCAGUCUCCUGGGUACCAGGUGGACCUGGUGGUCCAGCUGGUCUGGGUGAGCGGAGAGCCCCCCCAGCAGAUCACCAGUCUGGCCCUCAACUCCUCCUAUGGCCUUGUGGUGUUUGGCAACAGCAACGGGCUGGCGGUGGUGGACUACGUGCAGAGGUCGGUGCUGCUGAACCUGGGCACCGUGGAGCUGUACGGCUCCAACGACCCCUACCAGAGGCAGCUGCGCUCACCCCGCAAGGCGCGCCAGCCCUCCGGAGGUCUGUGCGACAUCAACGAGGGAUCGGCAACGUCAGAAGACCGCUGCAAGUCUCCAACCUCAGUGUUGAUGUCAAACAGCAAUCUACAGCAGUUCUACAAUGGCGGUGGUAGAGGAGCAAAGAUGUCACGGAAAUUAAGCUUGCCAACUGAGCUAAAGCCAGACUUGGACCACCGGGACAACUCCUUCAGCCGCUCGCGCUCCUCCAGCGUCACCAGCAUCGACAAGGAGUCGCGCGAGUCCAUCUCCUCCUUCCACUUCUGCGACACCUACGUCCGCAAGGGCGACUGCGCCUUGACGCCCUGCCUGUACGUGGGCACCUCCCUCGGCACCGUGCUGGCCGUGGCGCUCACGCUGCCCCCCGCUGGCGAACAGAGGCAGCUGCAGCCCGUCAUCGCCUCGCCCAGCGGGAUGCUGGAGCGCGUGAAGGGCAGCAUCAUGCGCAUGGCGUUCCUUGACUCGACGGGCAUGCUACUGCCCCCGCCCCAUGAGCCCUGGUUCGAGCCCAACUUGACGGCGUCAGACGGCGAGGAGAAAGGCCGCAAGCGGCGUCCGGUGUCGGUGUCGCCGUCGGCCUCGCAGGACCUCAACGAGAGCCAGUACGCCGUGGUGUGCUCGGAGAAGCAGGCCAAGGUGCUGUCGCUGCCGUCGCAGAACUGCGUGCACAAGCACAGCAUCACGGAGGCCUCCUUCAUCCUGCGCGCCGACGUGGUGCAGAUGAGCAACAGCGUGUGCCUGGCGGUCUUCUGCGCCAACGGACACAUCAUGACCCUCAGUCUGCCCGGCCUGAGGCCCCUGCUGGACGUCAACUACCUGCCCCUGACCGACAUGCGCAUCGCCAGGACCUUCUGCUUCACCAACCUGGGCCAGGCCAUGUACCUCACCUCCCCCACCGAGAUCCAGAGGAUCACCUACAGCCAGGACACCUGCGAGAACCUGCAGGAGAUGUUAGGUGAGCUCUUCACACCCGUGGAGACACCAGAGGCCCCCAACAGAGGCUUCUUUAAAGGGCUCUUUGGAGGCGGCGCACAGUCUCUGGACCGGGAGGAACUAUUCGGAGAGAUUUCGUCCGGGAAGGCCUCCAGGAGCCUGGCCCAGCACAUCCCGGGGCCCGGGGGCCUGGAGGGCAUGAAGGGCGCGGCCUCGGGCAUCGUGGGCGACCUGGCCCGGGCCAGGAUAGCCCUGGACGAGCGAGGACAGAAGCUGGGCGAGCUAGAGGAGAGGACGGCGCUCAUGAUGAACAGCGCCGACGGCUUCUCCAAACACGCCCACGAGAUGAUGCUGAAGUGCAAAGACAAGAAGUGGUACCAGAUCUGAUGUGCC